CCUAUCCGGUCCUUCCACCCAGACGGUGUUCAGCUGAGUGUCGGCCACUGGAGUACAAAUUUCCUCUUUUUUUCUUCACAACAGACGGACAUUGUAGCGUAAAAUGUCCUCCAACAACAUGGCAGAUCCGAGGAGACAGAAUAAGAUUUUAAGGUACAAGCCCCCAAGUACAGAGGCUAACCCUACCCUGGAGGACCCUACGCCGGACUACAUGAACCUGCUGGGCAUGAUUUUCAGCAUGUGUGGACUGAUGCUCAAGCUGAAGUGGUGUGCCUGGAUCGCAGUCUACUGUUCUUUCAUAAGCUUUGCGAACUCCAGAAGCUCAGAGGACACGAAACAGAUGAUGAGCAGCUUCAUGUUGUCCAUCUCAGCAGUUGUGAUGUCUUACCUCCAGAACCCACAGCCAAUGUCACCGCCAUGGUAACCAAGACCCCCCACAGAAUAAACGUGGAGGCUUGAGUGGGUGACUGACUGAUCACCCACGCCGGUCCUCACCCUCAAGGCAUCUGUGUGAAAACAUGCAGGCAGAAAAGAAGACAAUUGGACAGUAAGAGGAAGGGGAGAACAGCAGAUUAUAAGAAAUGAAAUGGACAGUAAGAAGACACAGUGGCGAAAUAAAAAAAAGAUCAAUUGUAACUGACUGACCUCUCAUGUUCUUCUGUUAUGAGCCUUUUCUAAUUGUUUUGGUUAUUGGUUGCUUCACAGUUUUACUGUUAAGAAGAUAUUUUACAUAAUGACCUGAAUAAAGUUUUAUGGAUUUAGAAGGAA